GGGUGGGUCCCUCAGCCAUCCACCUCCCGAAAUUUGCCUUUAUUUUCAGUGGUGCUGUGACACCCAAACUUUACAGGAUUGUAGCACAUCCAAGAAGAUGUUUAUCUGUGAGAUGUUUCCUGGAAGUAGGAUUGAGGGGCCAGAAAGCCCAGGAGAAGAGACUCUUGUACCCAGACUUCCAAAGGCCUCUCUAUCCAAGGAGGUGCUCCUCUUACCUUUUAGAAUUCUCCUUGCCAACCCCCCCCCCCCCCACUGAACAUCCCCCAACUCACUCUGAGCAUCCACAUGAUCAGUUUUCCUGCUUACCCCAUUGCUUUCCCUAAACUUUUCUUUCCCUCACCUUACUCACCCCCCAAAAGAAACCCUGUCUUAUAUGGUAUUUGAUCUCAGUGUGCAAAAAUACCAAAUUGUGUUCACUCUGCCUCUUUGUUCCACCAAAGCACUUUUUCUGCGUCACUAAUAGGCUGUAUCCCUCUUCUCAUGGACCUAGGAGUCCUGCUAUGCCCCCACCUCUGACCAACUUGCCCUCUCCACACACUAGAUUUUCCAGGAGGAAAGAAAGUCCUCCUUUCCCUCCACUACAUUUAAGCCCAACCAUAGAGCCUCGUGACAUGGGGCCUGAAGGAUGCAGAGAGGCCACCAGAUGGCAGACGAGGAUAACCUUAAGCCUGGCUGUCUUAGAGGGAAUGGGCUCUCCUUGUGGUGAACUGCUGACUGGUGCAUGAAGCUUCUCUUGCAUUCUGAAAGCAUUUAUUGAGCACCCACAGCAUGCAUGCCUCUGUAUGUUUUUCAGCCCUGCAGAUGCACAAUAUACUUUCUAAAAGUGGGUUCCCAGUACUAGUUUUUUAAUCAUCUUAUUUUUUUUAAACAGCUUUAUUGUGGAAUAAUUUACAUACAAUUAAAUUCACCCACUUCAGGAAACAUACAAUCACCGUCACAUCAAGUUUUAGAAUGCUUCAAUUGCUCCAAAGAGUUCCUUCAUGCCCCUUUGCAGUCAGCCAAUCCCCAUCCUGACCCUGGCCCACACAACCACCCAAUUGCUUUCUAUUGCCAUAGUCUGCAUUUUCUAGAAUGUUCUAGAAGUGGAAUCACUUGUUACAGGUUUCUGUCACUUAGCAUAAUGUUUUUGAGAUGCAACCAGUAGUUUCCUUUUCUUGCAAAGUGGUAUUCCAUGUAUGGUAUGCUACGUGUUAUCCAUUCACCAGUUGGUGGACAUUUUCAGUGACAUUCAAUUUUUUAAAUUUAAUUUCUUUAAAUUUUUAAAGAAAAUGCUAAGCUGUCUUCUAAGAUGACUAUACCAUUUUUGUACCCCACCAGCCAUCUGUGAGAGUUCUAAUUGCUCCAUAGCCUUGGCAACACUUGGUCUUAUCAGUCUUGUACAUUUGAUUAAUUUCAGUAGGUGUGCAGUGGUAUCUUACUGUGGUUGGUUCCCUGUUUCAUGUCUUUCUCUGUCUCUCUGUCCCUUUCUCUGUGUUUGUCUCUCUCCCCUCCAUGCUCUAGCUCUCCUGAAUGUACCUAUGGAUCAAGGUUCAGGGAGAGGAACGGCCCCCACCAGGGAGGUUGCCAAAGACAAUCCAGGAAGGAGCACAGAGGGAAGUUUGAUCCUAGGCCUCUCCAGCUCUGAAUGCUAGCUGGAACCCCAGGACAGAAUCUGGCAUCUUCUCUCGACAUGACCCUCACCCCGUUCCUCACUGAGCCAGCACUUCUGUUUGAAUUAGUAAAUAUUUGCCAGUGCCUCACACUCCCCACCAUCCCAACCCCCACACGCUCCUGACACUAAGACCCAGAGGAGAGUCCUGCCCUUACUUACAGUAGGGGCUGUCCCAGAGAGAUGGACACCCUGACAGACCCCUGCCCUGAGGCAAGAACAGGCUUCCAGUGGCUCUGGUUCCGUGCCUUGUGUUUUCACACAUGCAACCUCACUUCAACCCUGCGAGGUGGUUCCUAUUAUCAUCACUCUUUUAUGGAUGACGACACUAGACCCAGAGCCAGCACUUGGCAGAGCCAGGAUUUGAACACAGGAGAUCCGGCUCUGAAAUCACAUCUUCCAGGGAUUUGGAGUAGGAUAGGAGUUGUGAAUAAGAAUCUCUCCUGCUCCUCUUCCUCCAUUCCUCCCUCUACCUUCAGACCUCAGCUCCUCCUGCCCAGGAACCCAAGCGCCUCGAGGGCAGUGCUCUGCUUCUGCCCUGUCACGUGAGGAGCCUCAAGAGAGUGGGCCUACAUGAAAAAGCCACCCCCAAAAUACACCCUGGGUAUACUGGGUUCACUGAUUCAGGAGAACUGGUAUUUGAACCCAGAACUGCAGAGCUCCACGGCCCAGGCUCUUUCCCUUCUCUGGGAUUGUCACAUCACCCACACUCCUGCAGGGCACUCUCUGAGCCCUCCUCCCCCAGCCGAGGCACUAAGCACUGCGUGUUAGGGCUGGCCACCAGCCAGAUGGGGCUGUCCACCGAGUUUUUUGUAACACAGCCCUUUAGAGAUUGGCUGUGCCAAAGGACGGAGGCUUUAUUAUAACUUGCACCACUUCUGCCUAUAGUCAGUUGUGAGGAGCAUGGGGACACUGGUAAGAAUCGGGCCCAGGGUCCUGGGCUGGGUGGCCUGUCUGCUCCUGGCAUUCCCUGUUACAGCCACUGGGCCUGAGGUCACUCAGCCAGAAGUGGACACCACCCUGGGCCGUGUGCGAGGCCAGCAAGUGGGCGUGAAGGGCACAGACCACCUUGUGAAUGUCUUCCUGGGCAUCCCGUUUGCCAAGCCACCUCUGGGGCCUGGCCGAUUCUCAGCCCCGCGCCCAGCGCAGUCCUGGGAGGGUGUGCGGGAUGCCACCACUGCCCCUGCGAUGUGCCUGCAGGAUCUGGAGAGAAUGGACAACAGCAGAUUUGUGUUGAACGGAAAGCACCAGCACUUCCCUAUUUCAGAGGACUGUCUGAUCCUCAACAUCUACAGCCCGGCUGAGGCCACCGUGGGGGCCAGGCGGCCGGUCAUGGUAUGGAUCCAUGGGGGCACUCUGGUGGCCGGCGCCGCCACCUCCCAAGAUGGGUCAGCCCUGGCCGCCUAUGGGGAUGUGGUAGUGGUCACGGUCCAGUACCGCCUGGGGCUCCUUGGCUUCCUCAGCACUGGAGACGAGCAUGCCCCUGGCAACUGGGGCUUCCUAGAUGUGGUGGCUGCUCUGCACUGGGUGCAGGGGAACAUCUCCCCCUUUGGAGGUGACCCCAACUCUGUCACCAUCUUUGGCAGUUCUGCCGGUGCCUGCAUCGUCUCUGCCCUGGUCCUGUCCCCGCUGGCUGCAGGGCUAUUCCACAGAGCCAUAGCCCAGAGUGGAGUCAUCACCAUUCCCACCUUACAGGCUUCGAACCCAAGGCUCCUGGCUCAAAGCUUCGUGGACUCCAUGGCCUGCAGCUCUACCUCCUCAGCUGAGAUGUUGCAGUGCCUUCGGGAGAAGGCAAACAAGGAGCAGAUCCUUAACAUGAAGUUGAACACUACAGCUACCUACACCAUUGAUGGCACCUUCUUUCCCAAGAGCCCCAGGGAGCUCUUGAGGGAGAGGCAGUUCCAUUCUGUGCCCUUCCUCCUGGGUGUCAACAAUCAUGAGUUUGGCUGGCUCAUCCCCAAGGGCUGGGGUUUCCUGGAUAAGAUGGGGCAGAUGAGCGUGGAGGAUAUGCUGGCCAUAUUAAGACCCAACUUGACCAUUCUGGAUAUACCCCUCGAGGUGAUGCCCACCAUCAUAGAUGAAUACCUAGGCGGCAGUUUCGACGCAGAAGCCAGACGCAAUGCCGUCCAGGAAUUUUGGGCUGACCUUAUGGUUAUCUUUCCCACCUUGAAUUUCUCAAGAAACCUCCGAGAUUCUGGAGCCCCCGUCUUUUUCUAUGAGUUCCAGCAUCGACCCAGUUCUUUUGCAAAGAUCAAACCAGACUGGGUGAGGGCUGACCAUGGGGCUGAGAUUGCCUUCAUAUUCGGGGGUCCUUUCCUCAUGGAUGAGAGCUCCCUGCUGGCCUUUCCAGAAGCUACACAGGAGGAGAAGCAGCUGAGCCUCACCAUGAUGGCCCAGUGGACCCAAUUUGCCCGGACAGGGGACCCCAAUGGUGAGGGGUUGCCUCCUUGGCCUGCAUUCAAGCAGUUGGAGCAAUACCUGGAGAUCAGCCCGACACCACGAGUUGGCCAGAAGCUAAAAGAAGCCCAAAUGCAGUUCUGGGCAGAGAUACUUUCUGCCAACUUCUGGCAGUGGCAGCAGAAGCAGAAGGGCAGGAAGGCCCAGGAGGAGCUCUGAGGCAGGGCAUGGGCCUUCUUGGCUGGAGGCCAACCCUAGGGGUGGCAGAGUCCCAGCAAAACAGCUUCUUUCUCCCCCUACUAAGAAACUUUAACUCAAACCAAGCUGAUGUAUGGACAUGUCCCUUAAGGAAUCAGCCCCUCCAUGACUGGCAUUGUGCUGUUGAAAUGUCACCUGCUUCCCACUCUAAGGGCCUCUGUACAAACUCCUCCCUCUUCUUUCCCCCUUGCUUCCUAGCAAGUUCCAGCUCUUUCCUUAAGCUCCCUCCUCCAUGAAGCUUUCCCUGCCUUCUCUAGGCCCGAGUGUAUGUCCGUUACAGCAUAGCCCACUCCAGGCUAGCACUGUCUGUAUCUGUGUCUCUUUCCCUUCUCUGAGAGUAGAAAUCAACCUGACCCCAC